AUGAACAACCUUACACAAUCGCUCCCCCCCCCCCCCCCCCCCCCCCCGAGCAGUGGCAAUGACCUCACAGCGGCAUUCAACUAUGAAGGAGUUUACGAUCUUUAUCCCGUAUUACGAGACUUCAUCAGAGCCUUUAUUGAAUUUCCAAAAAUGCUUGUUGCAAUUGUUAAUGGGCCUGCCAUUGGCAUAGCAGCCACAACCUUACCACUUUGUGAUUUAGUGUUUGCUUCAGAAAAUUCUUACUUUUAUACUCCAUUUACAAAACUGGGUAUAGUUGCAGAAGGAUGUUCAUCAUUUACAUUUUCAAGGAUAAUGGGAGAAAGAAAGGCACUGGAAAUGUUACUAUUUAAUUACAAAAUGCCUGCUAUUGAAGCUUUACAAUGUGGUUUUGUUAAUGAGCUCUACAAACCUGAAGAAUUGCAGCACAAAGUUUGGGACAAAAUAAUUGAAGUGACUAACAUGAAAAGAGAAUCUUUGAUUGAAAGUAAAAAGCUGAUAAGGGGUCAAAUAAAAGACCAUCUGCUAGAGAUAAAUGAUAAAGAGUGUAAAUGAUAUGC